AUGCAUAUGACGCCAGGGGCAAACGAAGAGUAUUAUUCAGAGCUGCAGUCCACUAAAAACAAAGGCAACGUUGAACAAACAUAUGAGAACAUACUCGGAGAAGCAGUAACAAAUGUCAAGGUUCAAACAGCUAGGAAUGCGUGCGGGCACAAAGAAGGGAUGAAGCCGAGACAGAACACAACCACUGAUACUGAGAACGUCCUGAGACAAGAGAUCAUGAUUAACCUUCGCCGAAUGAAACUCUUCAUGUUGACUGCUAUCACUCUAACGUUCUUGGUCGCUGUUGUAGCUUUGGUUUUGGUUACAAUGAAGAUGGCGGAUGGAGAGAGUUCAGCCCCUCCGAAGCAGGAAACAAAAGUACAAGGUAAGCGGCAAAGAGACAAGCCUAUAAUUUCAUUUUUUUGAAAAAAUGGACUUAGAAACAGUUUUCAUAGACAAAUAAACAAAAUCUAGCGAUUAUUAAAACUGUAAACUAUACAUGUAAAUUGCAUGACUUAAAAAUCAUCAUAUUUUGUGUUUACCAUUAACUUUUAACAAACAAACAAAAUUUAAUUCCAAUUUUUUCGAGCCUCUGAACGCAAUCCUACGUUUGCGUUUUUAUUCAAACGAGACCUCUUAAGUCGUUCUUUCACAUACUUAUAUUUGUUUUCCGAUUAUUCACAAAAUGAAGUUCGGGAACUGUAGGUAGUGAAUUUUGAUUUUAAAGCCACUACAAUCGACAAUUACAACGGACGAUUUGGUACGUCUUGACUAUAUAAAGAGCGCUUACACGCUCCUCUCAUAUACGGACAUAAGCACAUCUCUUCAUCGAUGAUGUUGUAGGUUUGAUUUAAGUAGAAUUGGUCUGCCAUAAAAUUAAAAUUAAGCUACAAUAUCAAGUGAAUCAGUCUUCAGAAUUUUUAUCCUUCUCUAAUCUGCUCCUAGCAGAACGAAAACAGGUUUUGAUCUCUUUACCCACAAAAAUUAUCACCAUGCAGCGACAUUUAACGGUUGAAGGAUCUUAACUAGGCUCAAUUAACAAUGUAACAUUCUCAAAGAAGUUUUAAACAGAAAAAAAAAUGUAUCGUUUUGUUGGUUAGUGUUGAGAAAAGGAACUAGUGCUCUUUCAGAACACUGACUACCGCAUGAGAACACUGAAAUUAAAUUAACAGUGCUUUUACAAAGAGGCAAACAAGGCAAGGGAGAAAUUUACCCCCGUUUUGAACUUUCACGAUCAUAGUAUGGAAGGGAGAUAUUCGCCACAAUUUUGCCCGAGUCAAAUAACCAAAUAAAAGUAUGUUCGGGUUAGAGUAGAGCAAUAUAAAGCGAUAUCAUUCUUACGAAAAUACUUCGUCAGAAUUUAAAAUUCUGAGCUUCGCUCUAGUGAAUUUGAACGGACUAAGGUCACGCUAUUUCAGGUAAUUUUAGCACUAAAUACCAAGCGACGCAAUCUGGCGUCAUUAUGGCUGAGCCCAUAUUUUUCCACUAUUUCUCUAAAAAUAGGUAUGUAAAGCGAAAACAGGCAGUUAAAUGGGAACGUAUGUGAUAGUAUGUUGGAAGGAAAUGUCUGUGAGAUAUAUUAGUAACAGAGAUAUGACCAAAGGAUUUGUGGCAGGUGCAUCUCCAAGGAUAAGUUGAGGAAAAAUAUCUCAAGGAUGCGUUGCAAGAAAAUGUACCAAGGAUAUGUCGCCGGGAUAUGUCCUAGGGAUGUGUUGCCGGAAAAUGUUCCAGGGAUAAGUUAUAUAUUAAAUAGGUACCAGGAAAAUGCUGCAGGGAUAUGUUCCAUGGAUAUGCUACUGGGACAAGACUCAGGGGUUUGUUGCAGAGACUCUGAGGGACAUGUUGCGGGGAUAGGAUUUUAAGGAAAUAUCCCCGGGGGUAUGUUGCAGAUUAUGUCCCAGGGGUACGUUGCAGGGACAUGCCCAAGUUUUUCGUUGCAAAGGAACAAGUGUCUAUGUGUGCUGUUACUUUUAAUUGGUUCAACAUAAAUACCAGGACAAAACUUAAUCUAUUCCUACAACAUACCCAAUAAGGUUAAACUUGGGCAAAAUAGAGGUAUUUCAUGGGGACCAUGAAGCUAUGCGCAUAUAAUUUGUUUUGCAACACAUACCUCCAUAUCAAUACUUGCAAUUAGUACAGAGAAAACGACCAGAAUCUGUCCUGUUCGUGAACAUGAGAAAUCAACAAAACCAUAUCGCCACCAUAUUUUCAUGUGUGUAUGGUCCAUGAGGUUUUGACCCUGCUUCUCGACGCCGCUGCAAGUCUAUAUUACAUGCUAUUACAUUGUAAAUAUUCAUUCCUCUCUGCGACAUGCCUCGAUAUACAAAAGGAAUAAUGUAUUUAUUUCAUUAUAAUCUUAUAUAUUUAUUUAUUUAUUUGCCUACAUGUUUGUUUCUUUCAGAUCAAAAUGCUGAUGACUGUAUAGCCAGUCCGCAGCUAUGUGAUGCUAACGCGGUUUGCGAAAACAUCGCUGAGUCCAAUAUUUGCAUCUGCAAUCCUGGAUUCGCAGGAAAUGGAAAGAUAUGCGCCGGUAGUCGUUAAAUAAUCUGUUGUGUAUGAUGAUUUAAUUAACGUUUCAAUCAUAAAAGGCCAUUACGGCGAAUUUUCUGUCCUAAGUUCACUGCAGUCGGUUUAAAUGAUCAUCAGAGAUUGGAAUAAUCAAGGAAUAUUAUUAUUUCUCAACUUCAUUGCAUAACUAUUAUUGUCGAAUCCCUUCUUAAGGGUAUGUCAAUAACAUGUACACAUUUAUAUCUGUACCCUACCCUUGGAGCUAAUAACAGCUGUUUCGAGGCGAGUUAGCUUAACCCUCCUUGGCUAAGUUUAUGUACUGAGUAACGCUUUUUUACAAAAGUUUUUUUUAAUCCAAAAUUUGACAUUUCAGGCGUUUCUUUAACAAAUUCACAUCAACGGCGCGCGGAUCAUUGAUCCAAAUGAUCCAAGCCGGAAGAAAAUCGAUUCUUUAGAACCGCGAUCCGAAGCGCUUUUUUCCUCCAUAUCUACAAAGAGUAAAUACAGCCAGCGAUGACGAGAAAAAAUUUUCAUAGGCAGGAGAGCUAUUCGACUUUGUGGCCUAUCUGGACCGCAAAGAAGUACGGGCGUUGGUGACCACGUAAACAAUCGCCUUUACACUACCGACGCCACGCGCUUAUUUUUUCGCAAGACUAGUCUUCGUUUGGCCGAUAAUACGUUGCGUCCUUCAGUUUAAUUUUCCCCCUGAAGAAAUCAAAGAUCCGAAAACUCGCAGCACAUCAAACGUGGCGUGGCGAAGCCCAUGAUAGUGGGUCUUUCCAUAGAUCGUAAAUGAUCCUCUUUUGGUAGCCUGCGUAGCAAGCGCUGCUUUCCGUGCGGUCUUGAAGCAAAGAACGAGGAACGAGAGUCAAAGACAGCGCGAAACAUGGCGCGAGUAAAAGAGCUCUCGUUUCAAUUCUCGCGCAGCCAAAACGGAAAAUCCCGUUCCUCUGUCUUUCUUUGCUCUGAAACCAACCAAAAACGCUUGCUACGCAGGCUACAGCUUUGGAAACAUCGUUUCUUUCUCAAAUCAAAAAUUCUAAUCAAGUGAUUUAAAUUUUUUAUUUGAUCAUGGAUUUUCAUUCUGACAAAGAAAGUUCUACCUCUUAUAUAUCUCCAUGUUUCUUUGCCUGAUGCCUGCGCAAAGAGUUCGCUUAUCGGUUAUCAACUCCCCCCCACCCCUCCCAACCCCGCCCACCACUCCGUUCACUUCAUAACGUUUUGGAAAAAUCGUUUCUUUCUCUAAUCAAGAGAUUUGAAUUUUUUAUAUGAUUAUGGAUUUUGGUAAAGAAACUGCUAUCCCUCAUGUAUCUCCUUGUUUCUUUGCCUGUUGCCUGCUCAAACAGCUCAGUUAUCAACUCCAGCCCCCCACCACCACUCCAUUCAGAUACAAUUCGAAGGCAUCAUAUUUAUGAUUUCGGCUAUCCUUAUAAACAAUUUCUUUUUUGUUUUUUAUGUUGUUUGUAGACCUGAACGAAUGCACGAUGAACACGCACAACUGUAAUGCCAACAACUACUGUAAUAAUACCCUUGGAUCUUUCACGUGCACCUGCAAACUAGGAUUCUCUGGAAAUGGAACUUCGUGCACUGGUAGGCAGUGAUAUAUAAUGCUUCCAACUCUUAUUUUAUUAUUAUUUUGCCACUCAGAAUAAAUUACAAGUAGAAUAAAAAAAGAUAGCAAAUAGGUUAAUUAACACUAAAUUUAAAAUUAGCAUACAGCUUGGAAGGAGUGACUGUGGUGGGGAAAUCUCUGAGAAGCCAACGAGCUUAUGAGGAAAACUCUUGAGCAUAAAACGAAGAAAAUUUUAGGAUGGGGCUCGGACAGAGCUUAUUUAAAGGUCUUAGAUAUCGCCUACUUUAAAAAUUAUCGAGAGUCUUCGUUUCGCUAAACCCUUUUCUUACCAUCAGAAUGUUGUUGUUCAGGCCCAGGCUGAAUAUUCUUGUUUUCCUGCCAAUUUUAGGCGGAAAAUAUUAAUGCAAAUAUCCUUAAAAAAAAUGUGCAGUUUUCAUUAGUUCGCGUGUCUUUUGUGAUUGGCCAUGUUGGGCAGAAACAAUAAGUACAAAUGUAAACUUUGCAGUAAGGUAAUACUUCUGAAAAUAGUAAGGAAGUGCCAGGAAUUUCAAAAACUGAAGUUCUCUUGUCAGAGCCCAACUCAGGGGCACCCAACGAGAAUAUAGUUCAAAACCACUUAAACAUGGCAUUGUUAAACGUGUUUUAGUAUUUACACGGUGGAUAUGGGCAUAUUUUUAUCCCCUAUAAAUUUUUCAUCUGUUCGGAUUUCCUAGCUGAAAGUCUAGUGAUCCGAAAAUUAUAGGGAUCAAAACUUACCUGUUCGAAAAUUUCAGCCAGAAAAAAGGCUCCCGAAAAUUCUAGGUGACCUUUUUAGGAUAAAAAUCCGUUGAAAAUGAGCAAUUUUACGAUUUUUUAGGUGUUCGAAAAUCCUAGGAGAGGCAGGAAAGCAAGAAGUUUUACAACAAAUGUUCCGAAAAUUCUAGAUCUCAAAUCGUCUUCCGAACAGAUAUUUUUCCGGAAAUUGUCGUUGGGUGCCCCUGCCAACUGUACUUUUGCCAACCAAACAGUGAUUUUUUCCACAGGAACGCAAGUUUCGAGUGAGUUGCCAAAUGACAAUGGUCUUUCAUUUUUUUGGCCUUAACAUCUACAUACAAAUUCUCCAGAUCAAUUUCCAUACAUUUCCUCAAAGAAUUAUAGUAGAGGAGUGAAAAUUUGAUAGAAGACCAAAGCAUGUCGCCUUAAGUGAUCAAUCAAUGAAUCCUCACAACCUUUUUCCUUGAUCACGUAUUUAUAAAGUAAGGAGAAGACUGAUGUUCAUCAUACUUUUUAAUUAGAUAUCAACGAAUGCUCAAGAGACUUACACAGUUGUGAUACGGAAAAGAAACAGUGUGUUAACACUGUGGGAUCUUAUAAGUGCGAGUGCAAAGUUGGUUACCAGGGCGAUGGUAAAACAUGCAUUGGUGAGUAAUAAGCUCUUUCAUGUUUUCACCAAAAAAAUUUUGCCCUUUAUUUCUGAUAACCUUAUGCUCCCUGCAAGUUUGUUUGUGUAGACCUUAUUGCCAAUAAUAUCUUCCUGGCAACACAGUAAUCAUAUUCCAACAAUAAAACUCUAACCCCUCUAAAAUGUACCCGUCCCCUAAAAGAUGGAGUAAUAGUGGUGUAUUUAAAGCACUGGACUUCAACGCAGUUGGUUUCUGGUCCUCGUUCUUACCAAAAUCAUUCCCAGGGUCCCUGUUACUUGUCUCCAGGCGACAAGUAUGAGAGAAGCCUGAGAGCAAGGUUGCACUCUAACCACAACUGCAACAAACUGGAGUUGUUCUCUGUAGUCCCAAAUUCAACUCCUCGGUCACUCUUAUAUAAAUACAUGAGCAGAGUAAGGGCUGGUCCGAGGAGACCACAGUCCUUCUUUAAUUUAUUUUGAAAUUUAGUUCUUUUUUAGGGAUUUUUUUUUCUGAAUUUUCUGGAACCACCCCUGAAAUGCCUAACUUGUUAGCCUGCCAGUUGGGAUUUCUAAAUCUCCUUUUCUCCAUAUGAAAUAAGUCACCAAAUUCUGCAACUCCAUAUUUUCCAAAUGAAUGCAAGAAUUUGCUGUAAGUAAGGGAAUCUAAGAAGCCCAGGAUUCCGGAUUCCACAAGAAAAAGUUCCCAGAUUCUGGAUACCACAAAGCUUUAAUUAGCGAAAACUUCCUGGAUUCCGCAAUCCGGAUUUCCUUACAUGGGGCGAAAGAAUUCACUCACAUGCUGACAUUUUUAUACCGAGGGUAAAAAUUCAACAAAAUGAAAAUUCCGGGAGGAAUGGAAAUUACAAUGGAGUUGAUUCAAUAAAAACAAUGAAUAAUGGAUGCUACUAAGGACGAACAUUUUACAUCAAGUAUAGUUAUGGCAUGGAGUUAAAAAAUAUAAUGGUAACCCAAUUCAACUGGGAAGUAAAAAUUCAACGCUAAAUUUGCUUUUCAAAAGCCAUAGAAAGAUAUCCCUCCCACAAAACGAACAAGACAAUUACAAAAAGAUAAUACUCUAAUUCUAAAUCAAAUAACGCACAAAGUUUUUAACCACAGAAUACAUCUGAAUAUAUUAGAAACAAUGUAUUAGAAGGUAAUACAGUUUAUCGAGCAUAGAAUAAGCUUAUAAGAUUAACUUUAGUUAAAAUCUAUUCUUUCACUUACUUUUUUUAAAGUGCACAGCACCCAACGGCCAUUAUGACACUUUACUCGGCUAAUUUCUUGACACCGACUCAUACAGGCUCUUAACGGUGGGAAAUCCCAUUUGAUUUCGGCAUCCUAGGCAAAUGUAACAGUUUUUGAAACUUUUCCCAACAGAUAUCGAUGAGUGUGCCAGCGGUGUCCACGCUUGUCACAAGAACGCCUCAUGUAUUAACACUGAAGGAUCUUACAAGUGUUCUUGUAAGAAUCCAUACACUGGAGAUGAAAAUACUUGUAAUCUAGCAGCAGGUAAUAACCAAGAGAAUUGCUAUAAAUCAUCUACUCUGGGGUGGAAAUUCCCAUAUAAAAUUGACGGGGAGGCUAAUCGUCUUUACGGGUAUAAAUUGCAAAUUUUGGUCUCACGUAGGGAGUAUGGUUUUUGACCUCUCAGUGUCCUAAACAGGGUCAAGAGAGGGUAUAUAAUUGCGUGUGAGUCUGUCAACUGGGUAUUGCCGGUCAUUACGAUUGCAUUUUGUCCUUUUUCCUAAACAGGAUAAAAAAUUGACGGUGUUCCUAAACAGGGUAUAUAUUCUACGAUUUUUUUGUUUCAAAUCCUCAGCGGCUCACAAUGACUCCAAUUACCAAUAAACGCGGCUCUCGAAUAAACGCCGCACCUGAUCAGAAGAAUGCGGCUUUUACUCGAGGAUAAUGGGAAAAACCUCGGUACAACUUGAUAAUUUACAUGUAUGAGCUGGGGGGAAAGGGGGAAGAUAAAAACCCUUAUACUCUGAUACUUGGGAAGGCCUGAUACUCUGAUACUGAGGAAGGCCUGAUACUCACAGUAAGUUUAUAUCAUCCAGACAUUUACGAUUCUAUCUCAGCAAAAUGAGAGAGACAUUGGAACCUUUAGAUUACAUUAUAUUUACAAACGAUUUACAAUAGCUGUUGUCAGUGAUUUGAAAAAAGUGAUUUCGAAAUAAACGCCGCCCUCGCCGAAUACACGCCGCGGAGUUGAAUCGAAUAAAUACGGUAUUUUGCCUAUAAAAGUAUCGCUUGGGGUUGUGCGGAAAAUAAUCUAUAUAAAACAUCAAACUUCGUCAUACUGUGUUGGAGUAUUGUCUCCUUUUAGGGCCAAGUAAAUGAAGCCACGCCCAGAAAUCAUAUCUUCGUUAAGGGUUUUAGCUAAUUUUCCGACGGGCAUCCCCGUCACUUUCAUAAUAGAGUACCCCAUGGGCUUAUCUACCGGGCAGCUGGAGCCGUUGGGUUUGUAACCCCUUUUAUUUAGCUGGAAAUUACAGCUAUUAGACCGGAAUAAAGGAAGAAUAGGAAGGCUAGAGAAAGGCAAGGAAAAAGAGCAGGGGGUAGAGAAAGGGAACUGGAGGAGGAAAAUAAGAGAAAAAAGGCAGUCAGGGUUCCUACAAUUGGCCGAGGUAGGCCAGCUUUAACAUAAUACCGAUCUUAUUGAGGUACAACUGCGACCCAAAUCGCUUGGUGGAUGGCACGCAUUGUGCAAAACAGAAGACUCAUCGUACCUUGGGUUGAUAAUAAUAAAGAGAUAUGUAGUAACUAAUUAACCUUAGUCUCCCGCACAUGUCAAUAUUGCUGCUUGAAUGUUAAAAUCAUCUUUUCUUUCCUUAUCAGAAUGCCAAACCUUUCACAACCUCACGAGUAAAGACAGGAGUGAGACGUACUCAGCAAAUACUUCUGGAUGUGACAGCGGAAUUGGCCCUGGGUGGUACCGGUUUCGAGGAGCUGCAGGGACCAGAAUGCCAACUUCAUGUCCACCCACACGGAGGUGUAACACCAAUGCGCCCGGCUGGAUCAAUGGUACUCAUCCCGCAGUGGCUGACGGUCAGGUCAGCAAGACGGUGUGCUUUCACUGGGAAAAUGACUGCUGUCGUUUUUCAACAAGCAUCCAAGUGAGAAAUUGUGGCCCAUAUUACGUCUACUUCUUCAGUGGUACACCCGGUAGCAUCUGUUUUCUCCGCUACUGUGGUACUGAAUAG